AUGUUCGAGAAAUUCGAUGGUAGGGAUGAUGAGUUUGCCAAGCUUCUCAGGAGGAUUAAUCUGCCCAUGGUUGUAAUCGACAACGACUCUUGUGAGGAUGCAACUGUGAUACAGGUCGACAGUGUCAAUAAGCAUGGAAUUCUCCUUCAAGUGGUCCAAGUUCUGACGGACCUGAACCUUGUAAUUAAGAAAGCUUACAUUUCGUCUGAUGGUGGAUGGUUCAUGGAUGUGUUCAAUGUUAUUAACCGGGAUGGAGAAAAAGUUAGAGAUCAAGAGGUCAUAAACUAUAUUCAAAAGAGACUUAAAAGUGAUGAAGAUUUGGUAUCUCCUUUAAAUGGAAUGGUUGGAUUAAUGCCUUUUAAAGAGCAUACUUAUCUCCACUGUAAUGUGGUAAAUGCUGAGAUAUGGACCCAUAACACAAGGGCUGCUGCCGUUGUUCACGUGACCGAUGAUAACAUGGGUUGUGCAAUUGAGGACCCGAAACGGCUUGCCACUAUAAAGAAGCUUCUGAGAAAUGUUCUCAAAGGGAACAACGAUCUGAAUACGGCGAAAAUGACACUUUCACCUCCUGGGGUCACACACAGGGAAAGAAGGUUGCACCAGAUAAUGUUUGCCGAUAGGGACUAUGAAAAGACGGCUGGGUUAGAGGGUCUGGAAUUGGAGCUAUGUGCAGAGGAUAGGGUGCGACUAUUGUCCGACAUCACUGGGAUAUUUGGGAAAAGAGUUUGUGCAUCAAAAGAGCCGAAAUCUCGACAACGGGCGGGCAAGCAAGGGACACUUUUCACGUCACGGAUGUAA